GCAGCAGUUGCAUUGGAUUGUUCAAAGUUGCAGCGUAAUUAACUGAUUAUAUUUUAUGUCAUGGUGAUUGAGAUGUAAUUGCACUGAAAAAAACUUCUGCUACAUUUAUCCAAUCAUGGAGAAAACACGAAAACGGAAACCAGCAAAAAUCUUUCCUGAAUCCAGAUCAAGACGUUUGGUAGAGAUGGCAGUCAAAGGAAAUCAUUCAACACAACCAACUUUCUACAAACAGCAUAUUAAGGCUCCUUGUAACAAUGGAAAUGAUAAUGUCGAUGAUGUCCCCAUAGUGACAGAAAAAACUCCAAUUAUGUCUGAUUUUGAUAAUAUCCACAGCUUAGAAACCACUACAGAAACGCCACAAGAUAAUACAACUGAUGCUUCACACCUGAAUGAAACUCAUCUCACUCAACCAACUUCUGACAAACAGCAUGAGGCUCCGUGUAACAAUCUUUAUGGAAAAAAUUGUUCUAAUGAUGUCCCCAAAGUGACAGAAGAAACUUUCGUCAUAUUUGAUGAUACUAUCAACUGCUUCGAGACCACAAUAAUUAAAACGCCACAAGACGAGUCAACUGAUACUUCAAACCUGAAUGACACUCAUCUUGCACAUCCAACUUCCUUAAAACAUCGCGAGGCUCCUUUAUUCGUCCUGGCAGAGGCGUUGGUCAGUCAAGAGUGA